GCGGGGCGGGGCUGGGGAGGGCCGGGUGGCGUCGCGGCUGCCAGAGGCGGAGGAGGAGGAGAGCGAGGCGAGGCCGGCGGGUUCCUGGAACGGCAGAGAAAUGGCUGCAGUGGCAGGGCAGGAAAGCGAAACUCAACUCUGCAACAAUUGCCGAAAAGAUAUUCCUCUGGCAAACUUCACCAUCCACGAGAUCCACUGCAGCCGGAACAUCGGCGUCUGCCCCCUCUGCAAGGAGUCCUUCCCGAAAGCAGAGCUGAGGGCUCACCAGGAGCAAGAGCACGCGCAGAUUGUCUGUAAAUGCAGCAUGAGAAUGGACAGGGGGCUCUUACAGGACCAUGUAGCUUUCGAGUGUCCCUUGCGGCCUGUCGCGUGCCAGCACUGUGACAUUGAGCUGGCUUUCUGCAAGCUCCAGGACCACGAGGAUUAUUGCGGGGCCCGGACCGAGCGAUGCGGCCGCUGCAACCGCAACAUCAUGCUGCGCGAACUGAAGACGCAUCCCAUCGACUGCGGGAAGAAGGCUGGGGCGGGGGAGCCGGGCGGCCAGGCGAAGCCGCCUUUCAACCCUGAGGCCCCCUGGCGCAACGUCCAGACCAUCAGGAACGUCCUGCGGCCGGAUUCUGCCGGAGAGUCGCCACUGAGGGGCAGCAGGUUCCUGGAGAGCCAGCUGCACAGUUGGGUCUCGGGGGAUCAGCUGCCCGGGGAACCCGGCUGGAGGAACCGAGGCGCAUCCCAGCCAGAUCACAAUCGAGCCUGUCCGGAAAAGGCCGCCCCACCGCUCUCGCCUGGGGACGGAGAGUCCGACUACAACUUGGAUUACCUUCUGGCGCUCAGCUUGCAGCAGGAAAACAGCUUCGGCCAACGCAGCGUGGCGGAGCUCCAGAGAGAACUCUGGAAGAACAUCUGCCCCCCGCAGGCCGGGCCAGCUGAUCACUGUGGCAAAGCGAAGAACUCCAGGGACCCCUCCCAAGAUUUGCUGCGAGCUGCCAACAACCUGAACAGGCCCAAAACGGAGACCCUGCUGCCUUGCGAAUUCUGCGAGGAGCUGUACCCCGAGGGAGACCUCAUCCUUCACCAGACGGGCUGCAACCCCGCGAGUGCCUUGGCUUCCUUCAGCAAGAGGAGCAGCCUGGUGCCACCAGCGGAAUCCCGGAGCAGCCUGUGGGGGGAGCUGCCCGGCAGCCGCUCUGCGGGCACCGGGGAGACCCUUCCCCCCCAGCACGGCAUGCAGGACAGCCUCCUGCUCCCUUGCGAGUUCUGUGGGCUCCAGCUGGAGGAGGAGAUCCUCUUCCACCACCAGGACCAGUGUGACUUGCGCCCAGCCACCGCCCCCUCGAGCGGAGGAACGCCUGCGCUGUCAGGGUCUCCGGUCCCGGAAAGCUCUCUGAGGACCGAGUCUCCGGAUCUCCUCAGAAGACCCAUCCGGCACCAAGGUGAGCUCCCUCCUCACUACCUGGAGCAGCUUCAGCAGAAGCCGCCUUUCCAGCCUGCUCCAAGGAGCUACUCGCAGGUGGCAGCCAGGCGCAUCCAGCUGGCCACUCCCAACAACCUCCGGGAGGAUCCGGUCGCUCUUUCCAGGGCCAGGAAGCCCCAGAACCUGGGAGACGGCGAAGGGAGGAGCCCAGGCCGAAGCCCGAGUGACCCUGUGGCCGCUCCUCUGCCUGCCCGAUAUCCCUCCUCGGACUUUGCUCCCAGCACCUAUAUCCCAAGCUUCCCUCUGGCACUCCCGACUCGCCCAAGCAUAAGACAGGAAGGAGGACCGCGUGCUGCGUCUCCGCCCCGUUUCAAUAACGCCGCCAAGGCCAAACCCUGGCAGGUGAAGUCGGCCGAUCCCGACAGAGAAUGAGGAGGAAAUCUCCGGGGCCGCCUUUUCCUGCCUUCCCGGCACCAAGACUCGGUUUCGUGACGCGAUUUCCGCAGGAGUUGCGCGACCGGCACUCUGCAGCUCACAGGCGCGGUGGCGGCCAGUUCCCCCGAUUGUCAGUUGUGCCAUGUUUUGUUGCUGUUCGGGUGGGGGGGGGGGGAGACGGGGCUGGGUGUGUGUGUGUGUGUGUGUGUCUCGGCCCUGUUGCUUUCCGCUUGAGGGCCGAGUCCUUCCGGGGCUCAAAACCUUUUGCUUGAGCAGAUGUUUCCUCUUUGCAAGCGCAGAGAAACGACUCCCCACCCCCAACUCAACCUCUCCCCCCCCCUUUCCAAAGGCCUAAGGAGUAGAAAGGCUGGUUAGUAGUGGCUGAGUUUGAACUCGGUGCUUUUGCUGCUAGGAGUGUCCCUCCCCGCCCGCGGCCGCCUCUUCCUUCUCCUCAGCCCAGUUUUCCAGUCAGUGGGAAGAGAGGGGACUCCCUCCCCCCCAGGGGAGGGGGCUCCUUGUUCAGUCGCACGGCCUUAAAAGCUGGAACUGGGCCUCCGGGUGCGAGUAGCCGGAGGGCGCGCGCGUUUUGUGUGUUUGAGACUUUUAAAUUUCUUACAAUAAAGUUUGUAUCUCUUGGUC